ACAAAGAGUGUGGUACCAUUUACAGAAAUACCUAUGCCUGAGUUGUUUGGACAUUCGUCGCCGGAGUCACUAGAGCCAUUAGUUGAAAGAAAAAAUAGUAUGCAAAGAAACAAAAUAUUAUCAGAUAUUGAACGCGUUAUUUUCCCCGGAAAGAUUAUGAGUGAUGUUGUUUAUGAUCUUGAUAUCGAAAUAAGAAAGAUUCCCCCACUCAGUUUUAACUCUCGAUUUGAAUGCGGAAAUCUUAGGAAAGUGAUAAGGGUAAGACCGCAGGAAUAUGAUAUUCUGCUCAACCCAGAUAUAAAUACAAAACAGCACCAUCAAUGGUUUUAUUUCGAGGUUAGAAAUAUGCUCAAGGGCAUUCGAUAUCAAUUCAACAUUAUUAACUGUAUCAAGAAAAAUAGCCAAUUUAAUUAUGGAAUGCAACCUGUAUUUUAUUCGGCCUAUGACGCUAUCAAUAAAGGCGUCGGUUGGAUCAGAUUGGGAAGUAAUAUCUGCUAUUAUAAAAAUCACUUUCCUCGUAGCAUUGCUGCAGGAGGUGGUGGCAUGAAAUCAUAUUAUACGAUGAGUUUUGCAAUUGACUUCCCACAUAGCGAUGAUACCUGCUUUUUAGCAUAUCAUUUUCCAUAUACGUAUUCUACCAUGAAGGUACAUUUAGAACAUAUUCGAAACGUUGCCGAUAAUAACUCCAUUUACUUCAAAUGUCAAGAGCUUUGUUUAACUCUAAACGGCAAUGUUUGUAACUUGAUGACCAUUACAAAUAGUCCGAAUAAAGAAAGACUUAAUGAUGACAAAUAUGUUCCUAGAAGACCUUACAUAUUUCUUUCUGCUAGAGUACAUCCAGGCGAAAGCAAUUCGAGCUGGAUUAUGAAAGGCUUACUUGAUUUCAUUACGAGCGAUGAUGAUUGUGCGAUACAACUUAGAGAGAGUUAUAUCUUCAAGAUAAUUCCUAUGCUAAAUCCUGAUGGAGUUGUUAACGGAUGCCACCGAUGUUCACUUUCGGGUCAUGAUUUAAACCGAUGUUGGAUAUCGCCCGAUCCACGAAUACAUCCCACUAUUUAUCAUACGAAGGGACUAAUACAGUACAUGGUCACUAUUGGUAAAUCACCUUUGAUAUUUUGUGAUUUUCAUGGGCAUUCUCGUAGAAAGAAUAUUUUUACAUAUGCUUGUUAUCCAUAUACGAAUACUAAUCAUCGAGCUGAGGAUCAAAUGCUUCGAGCACUUCCAAGAGCUCUCCAGGAGGUUUCGCCAGUCUUUUCGUAUCAGUUAUGUAGUUUUGCGGUAGAAAAGUGUAAAGAAUCGACUGCUCGUGUUGUUCUUUGGAGAGAGCUCUGCAUUUUGCGCAGUUAUACCAUGGAGAGUACUUAUUGUGGUAUGGAUCAAGGAGUUUACAAGGGAUACCACAUUAAUACUACAGCUUUAGAGGACAUGGGAAAGGAUUUUUGUAGGGGUUUACUAAAAAUGAAAGAUUUAUCUUUACGGAAAGUGCCUAGGUGA